AUGAAGAUGGUCUCUCAUAUGAUUAAUCAAAACCAGUGUCAACAGCACAUCAGUAAUCAUUAUAAAGCAGAUAAUCAUUCUGCUAUUAUAAAAGCUUAUUACAAUACUGAGCCUACUUCUAGAAUAGAGGCCACCAAACUCUCAAGUAAAAAUAAAUUGCAAAGGGAUAUCGAAAUAACCAAAAGAAAAUCAAAAGAUGACCUAGUUGAAAAAGCAAUCGAGCACUCUACCACCGAAGUUAGAUCAACACAUGAAGCUGCAACAACUUCCAAUAAUGGUGGAAUCACAACUCAAUCAAACAAAAACAAAACGGGUAAAAAAAGAGCUAAUCAAUUACAAUCUGAUGCUGAUUUUUUCACCAAAAGAUUUUCAAACGAAACUUCAUCUGUUAGUAACAAAAGAGUUAGUAGAAGAGCCAAUAAUUAA